GGAUUCGAGGACGAUAUGUUCGUUUUGAACGCGGAUUGGGAGCGGAAAAAGGUGCCAGGUGCGAUAGGUGAUCUCAUGAGGGACUUGAUGACACUUGGAAAGUCCAAGGACGAUGAAGAGGAUGAACCAAAAGAAGAGCCACUUGAGGAGCGAAAACUGGAAUACGUUCAUCUGUCUACUGGUGAGGAACCUCGUUCGCAGACGUCAAUAAAUAAAUCAAUAUCUACCUUCCUCUCGCAAAACCGCGCUCGAAACGACGCGUCCAACCGCGCAGAAUUUCUGGAGUCUCUUUCACAGAAGCGACGGCGGCUGAAUCCCGACGCAGAAGCUUCCUCGUCGUCCGAGUCGAUCCCUUCUUGUGCACGAACAGAUGCGAAGGAAAUAAACAGGGACUUGCAGAUGAAGUAUGAUAUUGCGAAGAACGAAGAAGGACCGCUUCGUAGGACUAUGAAGGCUGCCAGUGCACCCGCUACGACUGGACGACAACAAACCCAGCCGAUCACAGGCACUCUGUCAGAGGAAUACUUGUCCGAACGACAUCCUGGUCUCGACGAACGGUUGAAGAAUAUUGAGACGCAUCUUGCUGUUCGCUAUGUACCGUCUGCACCCCGUACUCUUCUCUCACGACUAAAUUUUCUAGAAGAUCAUCUUAUACAUUUGGAAAAGGAGUACCCACCGUGGGCAGCUUUGCAUUUCAAUCAACCAAACCGUGGGUGGCCACCACCACCCCGCCUGACCCCAAUCAUCGUUCCCUCACAUAUCACCGAUCGGUCCAGCGCCACCACUACAUCC